UAGCAAGCCUACUCUCGCGCUAAGCAGUACAAACCAGGCAGCAAGCAAACCGGUCUUCAAUAUUGUUUUGUCAUAGGAUUUAAACUCCUGAGAGGAAACGAUCAAGCCUACCCUUUCCUAACUCAACAUUGUGAAUAUCCGUCAGAGACCGCUUUUGAAGACAAGGGUCUAUUUUACUGUUCUCUCUCUCUCUCUCUCUCUCUCUCUCUCUCUCUCUCUCUCUCUCUCUCUCUCUCUCUCUCUCUCUCUCUCUCUCUCUCUCUCUCUCUACUCUCUGUGUCUCUCUCAGUUGUUUAAUUACUACACAUUUUGUACUAUUAGCAUAGUCAUCUCUUCCACACCAUUCCCUGGAUAUCUGUGGAUUGACAUGCUGCAAUGUCCCGAGGAAUACUUCCACGCGUUAACUUUUGGUGGAUUUUGGUGUCAUCCACGCUGCUGGUGAAUGUGUCCCGUGUAAAAGCUCAUAGCUGCCAUGAAGUGAAAACGGCUUUCCAGCUGCGCCACAUUGGUCCAUUGAACUGGGUCCCCGAAACACCUGGGACAGAUGAUGCGAAGCUGCAGAUCUGCCAACACAGUGGCCCCACCUGCUGCACUCGCAAGAUGGAAGAGAGCUACAAGGCAGCAGUCCAGAGAGAGACCCUGCAGAACAUCGCCGCCUACAGCUAUGAGGUCAAAUACCUCUUAACCAGCCAUGCUACUGCCUUCCAGGAUACCCUCCAGUCUGUGGUGUCCUUCUCCAAGAGUCACGUCAGCUCUCUGUUCGACAGCUCCUACCCGGACCUCGCCCCGGACGCUGGCGCCCCCGUCAGCGAGCUCUUUGCCGACCUCUCGCUCUUCAUCUGCGGCGGCAACACCACCGUGGAAUCGGCCGUCCACCGCUUCUACGACAGCCUCUUCCCCGCCGUCUACAAGCAGCUUCUGAACCCCCGGGCAGCGGGCCUGACCUCGGAGCGGGACGACUGCCUCCGCAUGACCCGGCAGGACGUCAACCCAUUCGGGCCGCACCCGGGCGAGCUGGCGCAGGAGCUGGCGCGGGCCCUGCAGGCCGGCCGGGCCCUGAGCCGGGCGCUGGCCGCGGGCGAGGAGGUGAUGAACGUGGUGGAGCACGGCGCGCUGACGCGGGAGUGCGGCCGGGCCCUGGUGCGCAUGCAGUACUGCUCGCACUGCCGCGGCCUCACGCUCAUCAAGCCCUGCGUGGGCUACUGCCUCAACGUGAUGCGCGGCUGCCUGGCCGGCCUGGCCGAGCUCGACCGGCCCUGGAGGCGCUACUUCGCCGUGCUGCAGGACGUCGGAGACUCCAUGGCGGGCGCGCACGACCUGGAGCUGGCCCUGCUGGGGGUGCGCUCCCAGAUCGGUGAGGCCCUGGAGUACUCCCUGCUGCACGGGCCCCGCCUCGUCGCCACGGUGGACAAAGUGUGUGGACAGCCAACGGGAACGGACAUGACCGUAAGCCCUACCCCGGAAACAGCUACUUCACCCCCGAUCACCGUGGCCUCAUCUUUACCGCCGACACAGGCCCAGGUGGGCCAGCUGGCCCACUUAAGGAGCUCCUUACCUCUGAAAUCUUCAAAGAAGGAUGAACCUGAAGGUCUCAAAAAGAUAUCUCGAGAGUUAAUGCGCUACAUGCAGAACUACAAAACCUUCUUCUCCGUCCUGCCUGAUGUACUGUGUGAAGGGGAGAUGGUGGUGGACGACUUCACCUGCUGGAGUGGCGAUGAUGUCGUGGAGACAUUGAGUUAUUCCACCCGUGUGGUUGACAUUGGUCUGCAGGCCCAGAGACAUAAUCCAGAGGUCAAAGUGCGGAGUCCUGAUGCCUCGCUGACAGAAGUGAAGGAGAUGCUGGAGCGCUUCAACCAGGAGAUGGAGGACAGUCCGUCUGGCUGGGGGACGCGGGGGGCGUGGAUGGAGGCCGGCAGCGGGAAGGCGGAGAGCAGCGGUGACUGUGACGACGAGGACGGGUGCCAGGCCUCUGGAGGAGGGAACGCCCAGACCUCCCACGAGGAGCAGAUCGUCUCCAGCGAAGCAGCGACCAAUGAGAAGGAGCCGCGAGCGCAGCCCCCAGGCCGGGCCACGCCCGUCCCCCCUCAGCAGCUCGUCCCCCAGGGGAAGGGCGGGGGCUCCCGCCUGGCUCCGCCCGUCCUGGCCACGCUCCUCCUCCUGUCCACCCUGGGGCUGCAGUGGACCCUGCUCUGAGCCCCUCCCCCCCGGACCCCAGGCCCCUCCCCUCCGCCCCCACAUGCCGCGUGGGCCCCGCCUCCGGGGCGUGGGAUUGGACAGGAGGGAGGCGAGGAAGAGGAGGGCGGGGGGUGGUGUGGGGGAGCUGAUGCUUACGGGACAGACUGUGGGUCCUUUCCGCAGCGUGCUGGAGCCCCGGGAGCCGAUUGGCUCUUAGCCUGCUACUUCUCUUUGGGCUGUUCUGCGCUGGCUUGGGAACUCUCGGGCUGAUUUAAGGCCUUGUGUUUGCUCUUCAGCUGCUCUACUGUAACUCUUCACUGUAAUGGACUGUGUCUGUCCCCCUCAGCACACACACACACACACUGACCUAUACACACAUUCACACACACUUACAGAUAUACACAUACACACACAUACACCCACACACAUACACACACACACACAAAUGCACUGACCCACACACACAUACACACACUUGCAGAUAUACACAUACAUACACACAAAUACACUGACAUACACACACAUACACACACUUACAGAGAUACACACCUACACACACACUUGAACGUAAUACACACAUACCCACAUGCACACAUACACGCAUACACACGAAUACACUGAUAUGCACACACAUAUGCACACAUAUAAACAUACCCAUGCACGCACGCACAAAUACGCACACACACACAAAUACACAUACAUACAGUACUGUACAUACGCAUACAUACACAUACACACACACGCACAAAUACACACACUCAUACACUCACCCACACUCUGACGGGUGUAUUCAAGAUCAACCUUCACCCCAUUCUGCACAGGCCCAAAGCUUUGACCUUUGCACUGGCUGCCUGCAUGGCAGUGAUUCAGUUCCAUUUUAAUCCAGGAAAUUUUAUAGAUUUGUGAAAUGUUUGUUUUUCAAACUUGUGGAAUCCCUAAUAUAUUUGUAAAAGAGUCACAGAAGCAGAAAUGAGGCCAUCUAAAUGUCACUUCCACCCACAGCUUUUGAUAAAACACUUGCAUGUUUUUGGCCUAAUUCCAUACCGAAGGCAGAAGAUUGAAAUGUGAAUAUGUUUAUGCACAUUAUGUGUGUAAGAAAAAAAAAUCAAAACGAUAGCUUGGAUUCUGACAGUUCAGUACAAGAGAUUACAGACUGACACCAGUGAGUCUUCUUUAACCUGAACUCAAACAUAGACACAGGUAUGUAGACAGGUACAUACAGUACUUAAUGUAAACCUGCAUAUCGUACACACAUACUUCACAUCAAACACACAUACAAACACAUUCAUACACUCAAGUACAGCGGUACACAUACACACAGGAUUCAGAUUCUCCCUAGAGUUGGUCCUGCUUCAACCCUCACUUCACUCUCCCUUAAAAAGGUGUCAAUAGUGUGAGCCCAGCACAGUGCAACAGAGGAAGGAAAGGGAAAUCCGUUCACCAUGGUUGUCUGCAUAUUCACUGUUUAGCCCAGUUUGAAUAUGUGGCGUACAACAAUUUGAGUAAACGACGACAACCUACAGAUGGCUCUGCUGGUUCUGUAGUGUCCGUAUAUGGGUCGGUUGUAUGCUUGAGGUAGGGUUGACCUGUGCAGAGCCCACUGUUCUCGAGAGAAGUCAACAGCCGCCCAAUACUGUGGCCUCUAAUUGCAGUUCUCUCCACAACAACUUCUGUAAGCUGUAAGUACCGCAGCAUAAAAGAUUGAUACGUAUCUGGUUAAAAACCAAAGUAAAAAAUGUCUCCACUGGUCAGCUGUAAAUGUUUCCACUUUGGUAACUGGCAGCGGAGAAAUUGAGAUGUAGGAUUGCUAUUGGUGCGCUGUCAUGGUGGGUUGCCACAGUAACGUGAACGGUCUGCAUUUAUGGAUUCUACAUUGCCUGCAUGCUCUCCAGCCUUCACACUGAACUGAUAUGUGAAGUAUCUUCGUAAUAGUUCUUGACACCCGAAAUAACAAAGCAGUAUAUGUUAAAACAUAGCAUCCAACAGAGAGGAAAGAUAUUCUUGAUGUAUGCCAAAAAACAUGUCAAUAUUAAUGUUAUAAUAUUGCAAAAACACACUUAUUGCCACUUGUGGAUGUAAUACUUUCAUUUUUGUUGAGACAUAUUGUUUUUUUUUUUUUUACAAGGGAAUCAUGUCAAACCCUGUCUGUACAUUUUUGUUAUGGAAAUGUUUUUUUUUUUUUUGGCUUCUUUUGUUAUUUUAUUCCUCUUCGCUAAAAUUCACAGAUACAUGCACGCAUAGCUAUUGCCAUUGUCUUUUCUUCCUCUGUCCCCAGACUAGGAGCUGUUCCACUAAGCGGGAUUACUGUGUUAGCCGGAUAACUGCACAGAUCAAAACCCAGACCUCCAAAUUUGGAAUGUGGACUAAAAAAGAGCUGUUCUGGGUUUUACUGCAGUUAUCCAGCAAAUUCAGUAAUCAUGCUCAGCGGAACAGGUCCCUUUGCAAUGCUGACUGUUAACAUUAUGUUCACAUCCACAUGAAAUGAUAAUACCAGUGAUCUUCUUACCUAUCAAGAUCAUGAAAUAGGCCCUGUGAUCAAGAUAGUGCACCUUUAUGUUAGCAAACUCUUGCAUUGUAUUUGUUCUUUGUUUUGGUACUAUGGUACCAUUAUUGGACAUUAAUUGGAUUGUGCAUAACAUAUUGUCACGAUGUGGUUGCAAUGUUAUAGUAAUGUUGCCUCAUGCUACAGCAUUAGAGCAACGUCGGGGAAGCGUUUUAUUUCAUCUUACUAUGCAUAAGGGUCAACCUCACCAAAUAUUGCAGAACUUUUAAAACGUACAACUUUACGUAAAUCCAUUUUACUUUAUCAAAUGUUUACUUUCUUCGGAAAUGACAUGUUUUGUCUGGGGGAAAAAAAACUCAGUUAACAAUUAAGUUUGCCAACUGUAAUUCUGUUCAGUCUUGUGAUGUGUUUUAUAUGCAGUAUAUAUAAAACACAUCUGUAUAUGUAUAAUGGAACUAUGUUCAUAUUUGUGAAUGUGUAUGUAUGAGAGUGUAUUUGAAUUGGACUGAAUGUAUUUCUUCAGCAUUAGGGCUUUUGCAGUGCUUGUGACUUAGUUAUGUGAGAGAAUGUAGACACAAGCAUAUAUAUGUUUGUACUGACAGGGUUCUGACUUGGGUAAGGUACCGUAUAAGCAGAACAUACAAUGCUUAAGGUACUAUAGCAAUAUACUGUAUGCAUUUUGUUUGUUUUGGCUGAGUGUGACCAGUAGAUUACACCAUAACAUCUAUUUCCUGACCGACCCUGUCUGUUUUUCCUGGCAUCCUUAACUCGCAUCAAAUGCACAAAGAAAACUCGUAUAGCAUGUGUAUAAAUGUAUAUAUUUUGCAUCACUUGUUUUCUUCUUUGCUUUCUUUUUUUAAUGCAAAGUUUAAAGUGUGGGUAAGCGUAGCCCAGUAAGGAUUUUUAAGGGUGCCCUUGUUUUUUUUUUAGAGAAAAUCUAUUUUCCAUCCAGUAAAAACGAUUGAUUUUUCUCCCUUAAUCAAGCAUCCCCCUUUAUAAGAAAUGACUUGUUUUAUUGGAGGCUUUUCCUCAUCUGUAGUACAACAAUGAUCAUUUUAUUAAAGUUUAAAAAUUACAGUCAUCACACUGCACAAAAUAUAUAUGUUUGUCCAUAUUGAA